UGGGAUGCCAACAUUGAAAAAUAAAAAGCGGAAUGUGAACUUUUGAAACUUCCUUUUCUCUCGUGUUCUUUUGACAACACGAGGUUAUAAUUUAUAAGUCGCGAAAAAGCGUCAAAAAUGGCUGAGGAAAACUGGAUCGAAGACGGCAUGGAGACAGGCGGCGUGGCUAUUGAUAACAUGCCCCCGCCUAUGGCGGCUGAUAUUCCCGAAAUCAAGUUGUUCGGAAGAUGGAGUUGUUUUGAUGUCCAAGUGUCGGAUAUGUCCCUGCAGGAUUAUAUUUCUGUCAAAGAAAAAUACGCUAAAUACUUACCCCACUCUGCAGGUAGGUAUGCUCACAAACGCUUCCGCAAAGCUCAGUGCCCCAUCGUCGAACGCCUGACUAACUCAUUGAUGAUGCACGGUCGUAACAAUGGCAAGAAACUAAUGGCAGUCAGAAUCGUUAAACACGCUUUUGAAAUUAUCCAUCUCCUAACUGGAGAAAACCCACUGCAAGUUUUAGUUACUGCCAUUAUUAACUCUGGUCCCCGUGAAGACUCCACCAGAAUCGGUCGUGCUGGUACAGUGCGUCGUCAAGCUGUGGACGUCUCUCCUCUCCGAAGGGUGAACCAAGCCAUUUGGCUUCUGUGCACUGGUGCUCGUGAAGCAGCAUUCAGGAACAUCAAGACAAUUGCCGAAUGUGUUGCUGAUGAGCUUAUUAACGCUGCCAAAGGUUCAUCAAACUCAUACGCAAUUAAGAAGAAGGAUGAGCUGGAACGUGUUGCUAAAUCCAACCGUUAAUCUUUUGUAAGGGCAGGACUCAAUAAACAAAAAAAGCUAA